CGUCUCUCAGGGACUCUCAGCCUGCUCUCCCUCUGUGGCCUCCUCCUUUGUGCUGCUGACCAACUUUUGCACUAAGACAACUAAGAACCAUGACCCAGCAACAGCAGAUAAGCCUCCCGGCCAAACUGAUCAAUGGAGGGAUUGCAGGCAUGGUAGGAGUCACCUGUGUGUUUCCUAUCGACCUGGCCAAGACCCGCUUGCAGAACCAGCGCAGCGGGCAGCAACUCUACAAGAACAUGAUGGAUUGCCUCAUAAAGACUGUCAGAUCUGAAGGCUACUUUGGCAUGUAUAGAGGUGCUGCAGUAAAUCUCACCCUGGUAACCCCAGAGAAGGCUAUCAAGCUAGCUGCUAAUGACUUCUUCCGCCACCAGCUGAGCAAAGACAGUGGCAAGUUGACGGUGUUCAAGGAGAUGUUGGCAGGAUGCUGUGCAGGAAUGUGCCAGGUCAUUAUCACAACACCCAUGGAGAUGCUCAAGAUCCAGUUGCAGGAUGCUGGCAGGCUAGCGGCCCAGCAGAGGGUGAUGCCUAGCGUGGUAGCCACUCUGAAGAUGGGGGGGACCAGUGCUGUUCUCAGCCGUGCUUAUAACACCAGCCCUGCACCUCAAGUCAUGCGAGUGUCCGCCACAGAGAUCACCAGAGAGCUGCUGAGGACCAAAGGAGUCACGGGGCUGUACAGGGGACUCGGGGCCACGUUGAUGAGGGACAUCCCAUUCUCCGUUGUGUACUUCCCUCUUUUCGCACAUCUGCACCAGCUCGGCCAGCAUUCAUCUGAGGACCCAUCUGUGCCCUUCUAUUGGUCCUUCAUGUCUGGCUGUGCGGCUGGAUCCAUUGCUGCAGUAGCUGUCAGCCCCUGUGACGUGGUCAAGACAAGGCUACAAUCGCUCAAAAAAGGAGCUAAUGAGGAAACCUACAAUGGAGUGGUGGACUGUGUCAGAAAUAUCCUGAGAAAGGAGGGGCCCGAAGCGUUCCUCAAGGGGGCCAGUUGCCGGGCCCUGGUUAUUGCUCCACUCUUUGGCAUUGCCCAGGUUGUGUACUCUGUAGGAGUUGGAGAGUUCCUGCUGGGGUACACCCCCCACAACAUCUACUCUGCAUAAACAAGCUGUUCCCUUAGUCUUUCUGCCGCCUCAUUAAAUUACAGGCAGUUAUGGACCCAGCUCUCCAUUACUGUGUACCUCUUUAUUGCUGGAGGUUUUCAGAGUAAAACGCUAAAGGGACCAGAGAGAUGCCAUUUUAUUUCAAAAUGGUUUCAAAUUAUGCCUUUUAGCAUAACUAUCUCUUAUCUAAGAGAGGGAGAUUGAAACACACCUGUCCAUAUGGGCUUCAGUGGAGCUUAUCGCGAGAAAGGAAUCGCUUUCCUCACUGAGGGACUUGAUAGUCCAACAUAGAUCACCAUUUUACCCACGUUAGACUUGAGUCCACUCCUGCGGCACCAAACCUUUCCCCCCUCUUUCCUUAGAUUUAGACCAUACCCCUAAAUGCAACCCGUAUCACUUACCCUCCACAGUAACCCUAACCUGUGUAUCCCUCCCAACUGCCCCAUCUUGGCAUUCACUCGGUGAUGGCUGUUACACAGUGUUGCAAAGUGUGCGAAGGAGCACCAAUUGACAACGGCAGAAUAUUGAAACUUUACUUGAAUAGCUUCAAUCCUGUUUUAAAGGGUUACAUGUGAAACUGGGCCAUGGAUGUUGAUUCCGGUCUGUGUACUGUAUAUAGUGUAUUUGUUUUUAAAGUAGAUGUAAUUUGGUAAAUAACGUUGUUAACAAAAUGAUUGCCACAUGCUGUCUUCUAAACAGCCCGGUUGGGAAAAGACCUGGUGGCUUUUAUUCGAAACAAACAUGUGGAUUUCCUCCUAUCCACUGCUGUGCUACACAGUGAUUCUGUGCUGCAUUACUUUUCCGUAACAAGGAGUGGUUUUUCCACGCUUCUAAAUAGUUUACCCAUUCUCGGUAUCUACACUGCUCUUUAAAUAGUUGGUCACAACACAAUACCCUACCGUAGAAGCUUUCUGUUGUUUGCUCUGAAAAAUAAUUGCGGUUGAGGUGUUUGGGGUUUUUACUGGGCACUGUGAAUAUUACUGUGGCAGCCUGUACACAACUCUUACGUAACUUGCAAGCUAAACAGUUCAGUGAGGCCCACUACAGUUGACUUUGGAGAGCAGCUUUUUGUGGUGAAAGUGAUGUUGUUAAAUGUCGUUAAACUAGAGUGAUGAUGGACAAGACUCUGAAGUGCUUUUGGGACCAAGUCGUCUGGGGGGGGGGGCUAGGCACUUUCUCUUAGUUGACUGUGACUGCUCAGGUUUUCUAGUCAGUUAGAAAAUAGAGGAGCUCACACAAAUGUAUCAUUAUUGGCACUUUGAGGCAGAACCAAGUGCAGUGUCGGGCUGCACUCUUUUAUUUCUGGCAAAUUUCAUGGGUCAAAGUACUUUCAAUUUUACCAAUGUAAAUAUAUAUAUCCUGUAUUUGUUCAGUUUUCUCAAACUGUGUAAGUUGAAUUCAAAUUGAGAACAAUUUUCAACAUUUCAACAUGUCAAAACCAGUCGAGAAGAUAAUUAUCUAUUUUCUAAGUUCAUUUUAGAAUUACACAUGUAAAUACAGAUUUUUAAAUGCCGAAUAAAUAUUUAUAAAUUCA